ACAUCUAGGAAUGGGCCUUGCCGCACAAGCAAUGCAUAAAGUUUUUCCACGGAUAUCGAAUUUCAUAUACCAAACCCUAAAGUUUUUUUUUCGUUUCCACACAUCGAUUUUCCAUUAAGAUUUCAAAAAUGUCAAAAAGCUUCAUCACCACAUUCGUUCGCCUCGCCAUCAGAUCUACCGGAAAACCCUCCAACACAGCCGCUUUUGCCGCAAGAAACGUCAGGGCUCUCAACACAUCAGCCAUUUCUGAACCAGCUCUAGUAGAUAAUUCCAGUGAAAUUUCACAACAAAUAUCGCCUCAAUAUGCGUCUAAAACGAGUUGGUCUGCGAAACUACGAUCUGCUCUGGAUAAUGGUGCUAAAACUUCAGCAAUAUCUAGACUUGAGUCAUCAGGAUUCGAACUAGCAGAUGAUUGUCAAGCCGCGAUUCUACUUAACAUAGAAAAUGCUCAGAGGAGCAAUGAUGAAGAGUAUGUCACUGAUCAGAUCGCAAAGGCUUUCGAAAUUAUCGCAGCCAUGAAAGGAUCAAAUAUCAAUGGAAAUGAAAAAGUCUAUGGUCCUCUUCUUCACUUCUUAAUUGAUAAGAAAAUGGUAGAAGAAUUCCAUAUGCUUGUUGAAGCAAUGAGGGAUGAUAGUGAUCAUUAUUGGUUACGGGAAAAGUUAGCGAGAUUAGGUUACUAUAAAAUGCUUCUUUGGAUCAAGCUCAAAGACGAAGAAAAGAUCAAAGAAGUUUGUUCUAUGAUUAUCAAAAGGUUCAAAGAAAAAAUUGCGGUAGAAAAAAAUUGUUCCAAGCCACCUGUUAUCCGUCGCGGCUGGGAAAUCCAUCGAAUGGAACUUUGCAAUAAACAAUGUCCAAAAUUAACGAAACAUUAUCUGCUUGCACUUUGUGAGAAAGACCAGCAUAAGGAGGUUUUGAGGAUAUUAGAAACUCUAGACAUAACCAGAGUCGAGUCUUUUCGCCUUUGGACAAGCAUUUUCGAACACCUUGGAAGGUCACUAGCAGAAUCUGUUGCAAAGAAGCUCCUCCGUGAAUUGAACAAGAAUGGUCUUUCCAAUUAUAGAGAGCAUGACGUUUCUGAGCUGAUCUUUAGCUACGUAACCAGCAUUCCUAACCUGUCGAUUGGUAGUGCCUUUUUCAAGUUCAAAGAGUUGCUUAACGAGCUGGAUAUUACCCCUUCAACAGCAUCGUAUAAGAAGCUUAUCAACUAUAGUUGCGAUUCACGAAAGGUAAUUUUUUUCUUUUCAUCAAAACCUACUUGUUUUUUUUUUUAACUUUAGGUGGAACUUAGUUUUAGUUUCUUCAGCCGGUUUUUAUAUAUGUUAUUACAGGAGGAAAUUGGUCUAUCUAUAUUGCAACACAUGUAUGAAGUGGGUCUAAAAGUACCAUCAAACGAUGCGGUUUACCUUUUUCGUAGCAUUGAGAAGAACUAUGGGUUUAAUCUGGUUAGAGGUGUAGAAGAUGUGCUUACAGAGAUGCAUAAAAAAGGGGACAAAAGUAAAAUGUUCAAUCUACGGUUGGCUGAAUACAUUUUGGAGGUGUUGUUUGGAGGAUGUGAACGAAAUCAGAAGGAAGGAGAUAGUUAUAAACCAUGGUUAAUCAACAACUAUUUUAGAUGAAAAUUGGAUGAUUAUAAGAGAAAGUAUCCUAAGGUUUGAACAAAAAAAAGCAAUGUUCUUCAUUUGUUUUAAAGUGGUAUCCACUUAUCUGUGGGUUCAGUGGCCUUGUCCAAAUC